GAAGCGCGGAUUGAUUUCUCCAUGGCAAGCAAGCACGGCUAAAGAUCAAAAUCAAAGGAGAGCUUAUUAAAUGAUAAUCCAUCAAGCGUCGAACAGGAGUUUACAAAAGAAGACUUUAGUUUAAAUCUGAUACCGACAGACUAUCCGCUUUAAAAAGGACUACUCUUUCGGAUAUGGGAUCUACCUUCAGGGUCCCCACCUGCUGGGCACCGUAAUGGUGCUCCCUGCCCCAGCUGAGCCCCUCGCUGCCCUCUGAAGGAGCAGGAUGACAAGAUGGCACAGCUGCUUGUACCGCCCGGACCUGACAGCUUCCACCCCUUCGUCCCCGAGUCGUUGGCCGCCAUCGAGAGGCGCAUCGCCGAGGAGGAGGCCCGGAGACCACGGGCGGACCGCCGCGUCGACAGCGAUGAUGAAAACGGGCCCAGGCCCAACAGCGACCUGGAGGCGGGGAAAUCUCUCCCCUUCAUCUACGGCGACACCCCUCCCCGCCUGGUGUCCACCCCUCUGGAGGACUUGGACACCUUCUACAGCAAUCAGAAGACCUUCAUAGUAUUGAAUCGCGGGAAGACAAUCUUCCGUUUCAACGCCACUCCUGCCUUGUACAUCCUAAGCCCCUUCAACCCUCUGAGGAGGGUAGCCAUUAGAGUUUUAGUACACUCGAUGUUCAGCAUGUUGAUCAUGUUCACAAUCCUGACCAACUGUGCUUUCAUGACCCUCAGUAAUCCCCCAGAAUGGGCCAAGAAUGUAGAGUACACAUUCACAGGGAUUUACACCUUUGAGUCCCUCAUAAAGAUCCUGGCCAGGGGCUUCUGUGUGGGGAAGUUCACCUUCCUGCGGGACCCGUGGAACUGGCUGGACUUUAGUGUUAUCCUCAUGGCAUAUGUCACAGAGUUUGUGGACCUGGGCAAUGUCUCAGCACUGCGAACCUUCAGGGUUCUGCGAGCCUUGAAAACUAUAUCAGUCAUCCCAGGCUUGAAAACCAUCGUCGGCGCACUGAUUCAGUCGGUGAAAAAGCUGUCCGACGUCAUGAUCCUCACCGUGUUCUGCCUCAGCGUCUUCGCUCUCAUCGGCCUGCAGCUCUUCAUGGGCAACUUGAGGCAGAAGUGCGUGCGCUGGCCAUUCGGCAACAACGCCACCAACAGCAGCAACGUCACCUCCGGCAACGCGUUUUUCAACCACUCCCUGCUGGACAUCAACACCACAAUUGUGCAGAACACCACGAAAAACCACUUCAACUGGACGGAGUACAUCAGCGAUGAGGCCAACUACUAUUUCCUCCCUGGCCGAAGGGAUGCGCUGCUCUGUGGGAAUGGCAGCGGCGCUGGACUCUGUCCAGAGGGCUUUAUGUGUAUGAAAGCCGGCCGUAACCCCGACUACGACUACACCAGCUUCGACUCCUUCAGCUGGGCCUUCCUGUCCCUCUUCAGACUCAUGACCCAGGACUUCUGGGAAAACCUGUACCAGCAGACUUUGCGCGCAGCAGGAAAGCCCUACAUGAUCUUCUUCGUGCUGGUGAUCUUCCUGGGCUCCUUCUACCUGGUCAACCUGAUCCUGGCCGUGGUGGCCAUGGCGUACGACGAGCAGAACCAGGCGACCAUCGAGGAGGCACAGCAGAAGGAGGAGGAGUUCCAGGCCAUGCUGGAGCAGCUGAAGAGACAGCAGGAGGAGGCUCAGGUUGCCGCGGCAGCAGCCACGGAGAGCGGAGGGUACAGCGAGAGGGGGGCCCCGGCCUCCGAGACCUCCUCGGGGACGUCGAAGCUCAGCUCGAAGAGUGCCAAGGAGCGACGCAACAGGCGGAAGAAGAGGAAGCAGAAGGAGGAGGAGGAGGAGAGGGGGGGCCGCGACAAGUUCCACAAGUCUGAGUCUGAGGACAGCAUCAAGAGAUCCAACUUCCGCUUCUCCAUCGAUGCAAACAGACUCUCCUAUGAGAAGAGAUGCUCCUCGCCCAACCAGUCUCUCCUCAGUAUCCGUGGAUCCCUGUUCUCUCCUCGGAGGAACAGCCGCGCCAGCCUGUUCAGCUUCCGGGGCCGGGCACGCGACAUGGGCUCCGAGAACGACUUCGCCGAUGACGAGCACAGCACCUUCGAGGAGAGCGACAGCCGCCGGGGUUCGCUGUUCUUGCCACGCCGCCUUGAGCGCCGCUGCAGCGCUGUGAGCCAGACCAGCCUCGGAGCACCUCGCAUCAUGCUGCCCGCCAACGGCAAGAUGCACUGCGCCGUGGACUGCAACGGCGUUGUGUCUCUGGUCGGAGGAACUUCUGUAACAACCUCCCCUGUAGGUGUCCUGCUGCCUGAGGGCACCACUACAGAUACAGAGCUGAAGAAACGGCGUUUCCGUCAUCCAUCCACGGAUUAUUUAGACGAGCUAGUGGCCAGGCAGAGAGCCAUGAGCGUGGCCAGUAUCCUCACCAACACCAUGGAAGAGCUUGAAGAGUCGAGACAGAAAUGCCCCCCCUGCUGGUAUAGAUUUGCCAACGCCUGUCUGAUCUGGGAUUGUUACCCCGCAUGGCUGAAAAUAAAAGACGUGGUCUGCACAGUGGUCAUGGACCCGUUUGUGGAUCUGGCCAUCACAAUUUGCAUCGUCCUCAACACCCUCUUCAUGGCCAUGGAGCAUUACCCCAUGACGAAGGAAUUCGACAACGUGCUCUCAGUUGGAAACCAGGUUUUCACUGGCAUCUUCACAGCAGAGAUGUGCUUCAAGAUCAUCGCCCUGGAUCCCUACUACUACUUCCAGGAGGGCUGGAACAUCUUUGAUGGGAUCAUUGUGAGUCUGAGUCUGAUGGAGCUCGGCUUGGCCAACGUGGAAGGCCUGUCUGUGCUCAGGUCCUUCAGAUUGUUGAGGGUCUUCAAACUGGCCAAGUCGUGGCCCACCUUGAACAUGCUGAUCAAGAUCAUCGGGAACUCGGUGGGCGCUCUGGGGAACCUGACUCUGGUGCUGGCCAUCAUCGUCUUCAUCUUCGCCGUGGUGGGCAUGCAGCUGUUUGGCAAGAGCUACAAGGAGUGCGUGUGCAAGAUUUCGGAAAGCUGCGAGCUGCCCCGCUGGCACAUGCACGACUUCUUCCACUCCUUCCUCAUCGUGUUCCGGGUGCUGUGCGGGGAGUGGAUCGAGACCAUGUGGGACUGCAUGGAGGUGGCGGAACAGACCAUGUGCCUGAUUGUGUUCAUGAUGGUCAUGGUCAUUGGAAACCUGGUGGUGUUAAACUUGUUCCUGGCUCUGCUCCUGAGCUCAUUCAGCGCCGACAACCUGGCAGCGACUGACGACGACAGCGAGAUGAACAACCUGCAGAUCGCCGUGGGUCGGAUCCAGCGGGGCAUCGCAUUUGUCAAGUCCAUGUUGCGGCAGUUCUUUCAGAGCCUCUGCUUCGGCGGGGCCGGUAAGGGCUCCGGCCUGGCGGAGGAGAGCAAACCGUUAGACGAGCUGCACAGCAACGGCAAGGACAACUGCAUCCCAAACCACACCUCAGUGGAGAUCACCAGAGACCCCAGUGUGGUGUACAUGACAGAAGGCAAUGGGCGGGCAGGAGGGGGGCUGGUAAUUGAGGUUGGUGGGGACACUACAGGGAAGUACCCGAUGGAGGAAUGCGACUACAUGUCAUUUAUUCAUAACCCCACUCUGACAGUCACAGUGCCCAUCGCUGUGGGAGAGUCUGACUUUGAGAACCCGAACACGGAAGAUUUCAGCAGCGACUCGUCGGACAUGGAGGGCAGCAAAGAGAAGAUCGAUAUAGAGCCCCACCCUCUGAGCUCAUCGGAGGGGAGCACGGUGGACAUCCGCCCCCCUGGAGACGGGGUGGAUUCGGUGGAGCUGGAGCCGGAGGAGUCGCUGGAACCAGAGGCGUGCUUCACAGAGGGCUGUGUGAGCAGGUUCCAGUGCUGCCAGAUCAACGAGGAGGAAGAGUACUUUAAGAGCUGGUGGACACUCAGGAAAACCUGCUUCAUCAUAGUCGAGCACAACUGGUUUGAAUCCUUCAUCAUAUUCAUGAUCCUGCUCAGCAGCGGAGCACUGGCUUUUGAGGACAUUUACAUCGAGCAGCGGAGGACCAUCAAAACGGUGCUGGAGUACUCGGACAAAGUCUUCACCUACAUCUUCAUCCUGGAGAUGCUUCUGAAGUGGGUGGCUUACGGCUUCGUCAAGUAUUUCACCAACGCCUGGUGCUGGCUCGACUUCCUCAUCGUAGACGUGUCCCUGGUCAGCCUCGUUGCCAACGCUCUGGGCUACUCGGAGCUCACUGCCAUCAAAUCUCUGAGGACACUGCGAGCCCUGCGCCCCCUGAGGGCCCUGUCUCGGUUUGAGGGCAUGAGGGUGGUGGUGAACGCGCUGCUGGGGGCCAUCCCCUCCAUCAUGAACGUGCUGCUGGUGUGCCUCAUCUUCUGGCUCAUCUUCAGCAUCAUGGGGGUCAACCUGUUCGCAGGGAAGUACUACUACUGCGUCAACACCACCAACGACGAGGUCUUCCCCAUCAGCGUGGUCAACAACAGGAGCGAGUGCCUGAACCUGGCGAACGACAGCGCCCGAUGGAAGAACGUCAAGAUCAACUUUGACAACGUGGGGGCCGGAUACCUGGCUCUGCUGCAAGUGGCCACAUUUAAGGGGUGGAUGGUCAUCAUGUACGCAGCUGUGGACUCUCGAAAUUUGGAAGACCAGCCUGAAUAUGAAGUGAACCUGUACAUGUACCUCUACUUUGUCAUCUUCAUCAUCUUCGGCUCCUUCUUCACACUCAACCUGUUCAUUGGUGUCAUCAUCGACAACUUCAACCAGCAGAAGAAAAAGUUUGGAGGUCAGGACAUUUUCAUGACAGAAGAGCAGAAAAAGUACUACAACGCCAUGAAGAAGCUGGGCUCCAAGAAACCACAGAAACCCAUCCCCCGGCCUACAAACGAGUUCCAGGGCUGCGUGUUUGACUUCAUCACAAAGCAGGCCUUCGACAUCAUCAUCAUGAUCCUCAUCUGUCUCAACAUGGUGACCAUGAUGGUGGAGACAGACGACCAGACGCCGGAAACUGCCUCAAUGCUCUACUGGAUCAACCUGGUCUUCAUCACACUCUUCACCGGGGAGUGUGUGCUCAAGAUGAUCUCCCUGCGCCACUACUACUUCACCAUCGGGUGGAAUAUAUUUGACUUUGUUGUGGUGAUCCUGUCCAUUGUAGGUAUGUUUUUAUCCGAAGUCAUCGAGAAGUACUUUGUGUCCCCGACACUGUUCCGAGUGAUCCGUUUGGCCAGGAUAGGUCGCAUCCUGCGCCUGAUCAAAGGUGCCAAAGGCAUCCGGACGCUUCUCUUUGCUCUGAUGAUGUCACUCCCCGCCUUGUUCAACAUCGGACUCCUCCUCUUCCUGGUCAUGUUCAUCUACGCCAUCUUCGGCAUGUCCAACUUCGCCUACGUGAAGCGGGAAGAGGGGAUCGACGACAUGUUCAACUUUGAGACGUUCGGGAACAGCAUGAUCUGUCUGUUUCAGAUCACCACGUCGGCGGGCUGGGACGGGCUGCUGGCGCCCAUCCUGAACAAGAGGGAGCCUGACUGCGACAGCCAGAUGGAGCACCCGGGAAACAACUACAAAGGUAACUGCGGCAACCCGUCGGUGGGCAUCUUCUUCUUCGUCAGCUACAUCAUCAUCUGCUUCCUCAUCGUGGUCAACAUGUACAUCGCCGUCAUCCUGGAGAACUUCAGCGUGGCCACAGAGGAGAGCGCCGAGCCGCUGAGCGAGGACGACUUCGAGAUGUUCUAUGAGGUGUGGGAGCGCUUCGACCCCGACGCCACACAGUUCAUGGAGUACAGCAAGCUGUCGGACUUCGCUGACACCCUGGACCCGCCACUGCGCAUGGCCAAACCCAACAUGAUCCAGCUGAUCUCCAUGGACCUGCCCAUGGUGAGCGGCGAGCGCAUCCACUGCCUCGACAUCCUGUUCGCCUUCACCAAGCGCGUGCUGGGCGAGAGUGGCGAGAUGGAUGUGUUGCGCGGGCAGAUGGAGGAGCGCUUCAUGGCCUCCAACCCCUCCAAGGUGUCCUACGAGCCCAUCACCACCACGCUGCGCCGCAAACAGGAGGACAUGGCGGCGCUCAUCAUCCAGAGAGCCUUCCGCCGCUUCCUGUUCUGCAGCACCAUGAAGAAGGCCUCUGCCCUCUACAAAGAGCAGCUGAAGGAGGGCAUGCGGGACCCCGACAAGGACGUCAUGGUCAUCUGCAAGUUCAGCGAGAACUCCACUUCGGAGAAAACGGACAUGACGGCCUCAACAGCCUCCCCGCCCUCCUACAACAGCGUGACCAAGUCGGACAAGGACAAAUACGAGAAGGAAAACAAAGGGAAGGACCGGAAGAAAUAAAAGGUUAUAAAUAGGAACAAAAAAUAACAAUGCAUCAGAGACAUUUGUUUACAGCUUCUAAAGUGGGGACAUAGUGUGUGUGUUAGCAGGAGGCCUAACAGGGGGGUGUUGUAUGUGAACACAAAGGGUCGAUGAAAAGCCUCUGUGCAAAAUGCUUGUGAGUUUCCUAUUGGUUGUUGUUACUAUCUGACACACUUGAGUGUACUGUUAAGUUGUCUGUAGCUAGUGCCGCUGCUACUACUAUAAAUCCAGUGUCUUGAAUUUAACGAUGGCUGUAUCACUUAAUAAGUACUCUGCAUUCUUUUUUUUAUUUCUUUUGUUUUUUACGAGAAAGAAUGUUUUCUACUUUUUUGUUUCACUGUGAGAAUAUGUCUGCUUUCACUGUUGUAAACUCACCACUGGCAGACAGUAGGACAAAAAGCUGAAGUGCAAUGGAUGAAUUGUAAUCACAGUUGUGCCAUCAGUGGUUUCUGAAUCUGUAUACUGCUUUUAUCUGGACUGGCAUCUCCCAUGGUAACACAGAGAAGCUGAAUGUAUGCAAGGAAUAGGACGCGUUAAAGAAAUAGUUUGACAUUUUCGGAAAUGAUCGCACAUUUCCCAAAAGAUCAGAACUAUCCCUUUAAAGUGUCACUCGUAUUUGUUCCCCCCCAGAGCUCCUGUAAAGAGAAACACCUGAACUAAUAAAAUAUACUGAAAGAAAAUGUCAAACUGAAGCUAGACCAUGACCAUAUAUCACAUUUAUAAUAUCACAAAUGUUUGUAUGGCAUCCGUGUUGUCUAAAUCGAGAAGCGAGUGGUUUGAUGUAGUGCUUUGGUUUGUACAUAGUAUAGCUAUCUGGGCCCACAGUAUGCAUCACACUUACAUUUGAUGUAAGAGCACUUUUUAUCCCCACAUUUAUGUAAAGUCAUACGUGUGUGUGUGUGUGGUGUGUGUCUAUGUAUGUGUUUGUAAGAGCGGGAGAAUGUAGUCUCUUCAUGUGUGCGCGCGUGUGCAACUGCAGCUUGUUCCACUGAUUAUAAAUAACAUUUUUACUGUAGAUAUGAGUGCAUUUUUCCAGUCUGCAUUUUUUCUAGAAGUUUCUUUUUCCUUUCUGCACUGUAAUACAUGAUGUAAGGUCCCCAUAACUGUAGAUAAACCAUCAAGCAAUCAGUAGCCAUCUCUCAUUGCGCUUGUAGUGUUUUAGUGAACUGCAUGCAGGAAGUGACUACUGUCCGCUCAUAUGGUGAUAUCAUUUCAAAGCCAAAAGAAUAAAGGACAUAUUUUUUGUUAA